AUGCCCGAAUCCGGUGGGCAGCAAGGCCACUUGAAUGGCCACAGUGGCUUUAUUCUUGCUGUCUUUUGCGUCGUCUCGAUCUUCGUGAUUUGGCCUUUACGGAUCCCGAUACCCAAAGCUGCCCAACGACGUUUGCUAAUCCUGCUGAGAUCCGCGAGGAUAAUCUCUCAUCAUGACCAUGACAAGUUAUCCCAACAGCGACUGCAUUUCUCUCUGUCGCUGAAGACUGCGCCCAUCAUUGGUGUGAUACUACUCUUAGCAACGACCACUAUUCACGGCAGCACCAUCAAACUCGGGAUCAAAGGCGACGCAAGCAUCAAACCGUACGAUGUGCUGGUGCUGUUCAUUUCCUUGGCAUACAUCUCCAUUGCUCUCGAUGGCACCGGUGCUCUUGAGGCAGUGGCGCUCUGGGUGUCCAAGAAAGGUGGAAGCUCAGGCCGCUUGCUCUUCACCUACCUCUAUGCGUUCUUUUUGUUGACUGCUUGCAUUGUUGGAAACGAUCCCUUGAUUCUCUCGGGGACUCCUUUUCUUGCGUACCUAACUCACCAUUCCAAACUCGAGCCAGAAGCAUGGACCUUUAGCGAGUUUAUGGCAGCAAACACCGCAUCGGCUGUCCUGGUGUCUUCGAACCCGACCAACAUCCUCAUUGCAGGCAGUUUUUCAUUGAAUUACUUGACGGACUUCACGAAAUGGACGAUCUUGCCUUCCAUCAUUCCGGCCAUCCUGACCUAUCCGAUCCUAAUGACCAUGUUUUGGAAGAAAAUCCCCAAAACCUUGAUACCAAUCGAAGUUGAUCCCUGGUCAAAGCUACGCGAUCGCAUUGGUGCCUUUGCGCUGAGUGCUCUCAUGGUCGUCACAGUCGCCGUCCUGGUCGGCACAAGCUUUGUCCCAGGUCAUGCCGUCGAAGUUUGGAUGGUUACCAUGCCGGCUGGUGUUCUGGCAUUCUGCUUCGAGGUAAUAAGCGAUCUAUGGAGGCCACCUCAGAAGCAGGAAGUUGCAAGCCAGGAUCCGUACACAUCGUCCACAGAAGAUCAAAUUGUCGAGGCGCAGAGGGAGCAACUCCCACUGGAUGGGCUUGCGAAUGAUUCGAAAGAACCGACGAAACCUCCUCUUCAAGCGAACAAUUCCAACCCGAACGGUCCCGCUAGAGAGAAACAAUCUCUCCUCUCUUUUGCGCGAAACGUGGCCAGCCACUUUCCCAGAACCACGGGGACAGUCCUCCGACUGCCGAUUUCCCUUUUGCCUUUUGCCAUGUGCGAAUUUAUUCUUGUCCGCGGCCUUGAGCAAAGAGGUUGGAUCGAAGUCUUUGCUCGAGGUUUUGCGAACGCAUGUACCACUCCAGCAAAGACUGUCUUCUUCAUGGGAUUUGUCAGUGCCGCCUUUCUCUGUCCACUUGCGGGCACGAAUAUUGGAGCUACAAUCAUCCUCGUUGAAAUCAUGCGAAACCCUGCUUUCUCUCAGUCUUCGGCUGCAUUAGCUGACCAUCGAAUACUACUCGGCGCCAUCUAUUCGGUCGCGAUGGGUAGUAACAUUGGAGCCUUCAGCUACACGUUUGCUGGAAGUCUUGCGGGUCUUCUUUGGCGGGAUUUGCUUGCUGACAAAGGCAUCAAAGUCAGUCAAUUCAAGUUCGCUCGUGUGAAUGCUUUACCGCUCUUGACACAGAUUACGACAGCGUCGGCGAUUGUGCUUGGUGAAUUGUAUUGGUUUUCUUAG